AUGGCAGAUCCAUACCAAUGGCGCGAGUCGGUCUUGUCAACACGCAGUCUUUCCUAUGUCAGCACCAUCGAUGCCCUCGACUCGACCAGACCCUCAACCCUUCGCAAGAACACUCUGACCUCAAUAACCUCAUCCUACAACGACGAAGAUGAUUUUCACGACGCCCUUACUCAGGUCCCUUCAAGCGACAAUCUCCCUCCCUCCGUAUCUUCAAGCCCUCUGUUUCGUCUACCACGCGAUCUACGCCUGCAGAUCUACUCGUACCUCCUGACAAGCGGUCAAAACAUCCUCUGGCCCGUAGAACACCAGUCCCACAAUCUGAGUCCUCAACUCCUGCGCACGUGUCGAUCCAUCUACGAAGAAGCAGCUCACGUGCUCUACCAAACAAACACCCUCGCCUUCUCCCACCCCAGCGAUGCAAACAUGUUCGCUCACGCUUUGAGUAAUCGCUCAUUCGCAUCUCUCAUACCCCACGUCACUCUCCGCAUCCGCAGCAACGACACUCGUCUCUGGACUGCUUGGUUCAAUACAAAUGCUGUAGAAAGAAGCCUCGUGCGUGACUUGCCUGGGCUACGGCAGUUGACUAUUCGCUACCGAGGACCUAGAUGGCAGCCAAGUCUGAACGAGAAGGCAAAUGCGGAUUUGUGGCUCAAAGAUCCAAAGCUGCAAGAAAUCAUUCUGUUGCCUGAUGAGGUGGCUGAUGAGAUUGCAAGAGGACUGGGACAGGGUGAGGAAGGAGAAGAGAAGAUACCACAUGUCAUGUUCAGGAGAUGGGUGUGGCUGAAUGGUUGUCAUAUCCGCGUCGAACCUCUGGGCAAAGAUGACGAUGUGUGA